AAAUAAUCCAUCAGAGGGAUGUUUACGAGACAAAGAUGGAUGACGCGAUACACGAGCCGGAGAAGAAGAAUUGCACCUUUCUGUUCAAAAGGCGGAAAAACCGGAGCAGCGCCGCGAGGAAGCGGAAAGGGGCGGACGACGAUGACGACAGCAGCGAGGAUGAAACCAUGGUGGUCAAGAAGGACAAGAAGCAAGGCAAUCACAAUCCCAUGGUCCAGAGCACAAACGUAAGGAAAUGCCAAGAGAAGACCAAUUAUGACGACAGCAGUGACGAUGACGGCAUAACAGUCUCUUAUAAAAGUAACAGGACGGUUCUGCCAGCCGGACCGAGUGACCAAGGGGCAACGGCCAUUCUCGAAACGGAAACGGAGAAAGACAAGGACGCACAAGCGUUAUUUGAAAAGGCUCAAAAAAUAAACGAGGAGCUAGAGGGAAAGGAGGACGAUAAGAUUUACAGAGGCUUGAAUAAUUACGCGCAAUAUUAUAAAAAGAAAGAUACCGCAGCGGGAAACGCGUCCAGCGGAAUGGUGCGUAAGGGACCAAUCAGAGCACCGUCUAAUCUCAGGGCGACGGUGAGAUGGGACUAUCAGCCCGAUAUCUGCAAGGAUUACAAGGAAACUGGUUUCUGCGGGUUUGGAGACAGCUGCAAGUUCCUUCACGAUCGAUCGGAUUACAAAUUGGGGUGGCAAUUGGAGAGAGAAGCCGCCAGUGGAGAGUACAACAACAGCGGGGAUGAGGAUGAUAAGAAAUACGAGAUUGACAGCGAUGAGGACAACUUGCCGUUCAAAUGUUUCAUUUGCAGAGACAGCUUCACGGAUCCCGUUAUUACCAAAUGCAAGCAUUAUUUUUGCGAGAAGUGUGCCCUGGAACGGUACAAGAAGAGCACGCGGUGUUACAUUUGCAACGCUCAAACUAACGGCAUUUUUAAUCCCGCGAAGGAGCUCAUCGCGCGCACUAAGAUGGAGGAAAAGGAGAAGGAGGCAACCGAAGUGACGAGCGAGGAUUCUGACGAGGAUUAAUAAUAAUCUAUGUUAUCUUUGUGCUUCUCUGCAUACAAUUUUGUAAUAAAUAAUAUAUCAUGUAUAUAUAGUAACCACUGGCGGAUCCUGGGGGGUGGUUUUCGGGUUCCCCCCCCUCCCUCCAAAUAAAGAAAUCAGUUUUGCUGAAUUUGUUUGAAAAAAUUUAUCAAAAAUAAAAUGGGAUCAGAAGUGUCACCACGUCCUUGUUGAUCCUGAAGUAAAAGCUAAGCGUGAUACUAGAAAAAUAUUAAAUCAAAUAAUUUUGUCAACCCCCCCCCCCCCCAUUAUCGACAUCAGGAUCCGUUAGUGAUAGUAACAAUAUAUAUAUUUCAAAGAUUGCUUCGGAAUGUCGUCGAAGCUUAUAGACUCUGCGGAAUGAUCGUUAAUGGUAAGUCGUUUGAGAAACUCCGAAAUUCUACCUUUCCUCAUUUUUCGAGCAGCAGAAAUUUUUCGACAUGUAUUGAGGAUUUAUAAUACAAAUAUAACAAGUCAAUAGUA